UCUGAUCCUCUUUGGUUUUAGUAUUGUUGUGUUAUUGAAGUGUUUGGGCUCUACAGGUACGCAUUCUCUUUAGACGAAGCAAUUACGGAAAUUGCACACUAAGAGCAAUAAACUUUUCUUCGUGAUCUGUGGAAAUUCAACGUGUUAUGUGCUCCACUGACAAUAAUAGCAGCAUGAACAACGGCGUACAGCGUGACGACGUCGGCGACGCGUUCGGAUCGUUCGGCAGGAGCAGCACAAUUUCUCCUCCUUCUCCUAGUGUAGUACAAUUAGCACCUACUCAGCGUUAUGCCACGUUCUACAAUAUGAACCAUUCCAAACGUGGUUUAGCUCUCAUAUUCAAUCAUGAAUUUUUCACUAUUUCACAUCUGAAACCUCGCUGCGGCACAAACGUUGAUUGUGAAAAUUUAAUUAUGACACUGAAAAAUCUUGGUUUUGAAGUAAAUGAUUACCACAAUUUAACUCAUAAAGAUAUAGUAAAACAAUUGGAAAGAGUUGCGGAAAUGGAUCAUUCCGAACAUGAUUGUUUGGUGAUAGCUGUAUUAAGCCAUGGCGAACUUGGGCUGCUUUAUGCUCAUGAUAUCGCAUACAAGGCAGAUUCUUUGUGGCAUUAUUUCACUGCCGAUAGGUGUCAGAGUCUUGCUGGCAAACCUAAAUUAUUCUUUAUACAAGCUUGCCAGGGCGAUAAAUUGGAUCCAGGCAUUAAUCUUAAAGAGCGUACCGAAACUGAUGGAAACCUUGUCCCGACAUUUCGUAUUCCUACUCAAGCAGACUUUCUCAUCGCCUAUUCAACCAUCCCAGGUUAUUAUUCCUGGAGAAAUACUAGCCGCGGAUCAUGGUUCAUGCAAGCAUUGUGCAUGGAAUUGCGCGACAACGGCACUCGUUAUGACCUACUGACUCUGCUGACGUUCGUAUGCCAACGCGUCGCCUUGGAUUUUGAGUCAAAUACACCAGAUAACAUGGCCAUGCAUCAGCAGAAACAAAUUCCAUGUAUUACUACCAUGCUGACGCGUUUGAUACCAAGAUUGGACAGAGAUCAUCCCAGUAAAUACCGAUUAACCGAGUGACAUAAUAUUAAUAAUUUCUCCACUCGUCAAUAUACAUGUAACAUAACAUAUGUUAAGUAUAUUACAUGUCACGUACGUAACAGUUAUAUAUUAUUUUUAACUAUAUAUAUACGUACGUACGUACGUACGUGUGUGUGUGUGUGUGUGUGUGUGUG